AGCGCUGCAGAAAUAGAUGGCAGCUUCGUGUCAGUGAGUUUGCAUCCCCCUUCCUGAUCCACAAGCUGGAGUGAUUGGAGCCCUGGCAGGGGACUGUUACUCCCGUGGAGAAGUCCCCUUUUCCUGGCAGCCGUCUGCACUGUACACGCCGGACUCCUCUCUCCAUCCACCCCGCUCAGUCUCUUCUCUCUCACCUCCUCUCUCCCUCUCUCCUGCAUUGAUUUUCCCCCCUUUUUAGUUGACUGAAACAAAACAAAACAAAAGGGCCACUGGAUGUCUGCCUUCUUGGGGGGUGAGCCAGACAGACUGACAAACAAACAGACCCAACUGUGUUCGGGGGAGGGUUUCUCCUCCCGUUUUGCCCGGCAGCAGCAGCAUGGACGUGUUGGCUAGUUAUAGUAUAUUCCAGGAGCUACAACUUGUCCACGACACCGGCUACUUCUCAGCUUUGCCAUCCCUGGAGGAGACCUGGCAGCAGACAUGCCUUGAAUUGGAACGCUACCUACAGACGGAGCCCAGGAGGAUCUCAGAGACCUUUGGUGAGGACUUGGACUGUUUCCUCCAUGCUUCUCCUCCUCCAUGCAUCGAGGAGAGUUUCCGGCGCUUAGAUCCCCUGCUGCUGCCCGUGGAAGCCACCAUCUGCGAGAAGAGCUCAGCAGUGGACAUUUUGCUCUCUCGGGACAAGUUACUAUCUGAGACCUGCCUCAGCCUGCAGCCAACCAGCUCUUCUCUAGACAGCUACACAGCCGUCAACCAGGCCCAGCUCAACGCAGUGACCUCAUUAACGCCCCCAUCGUCCCCUGAGCUCAGCCGUCAUCUGGUCAAAACCUCACAGACUCUCUCAGCCGUGGAUGGCACAGUGACGUUGAAACUGGUGGCCAAGAAGGCUGCACUCAGCUCAGUGAAGGUGGGAGGGGUGGCAGCCACAGCAGCAACCGUGGCGGCAGCUGGGGCAGUUAAGAGUGGACAGAGCGACAGUGAACAAGGAGGGGUAGGGGCUGAGGCAUGCCCCGAAAACAAGAAGAGGGUUCACCGCUGUCAGUUUAACGGGUGCCGGAAAGUUUAUACAAAAAGCUCCCACUUAAAGGCCCACCAGAGGACUCACACAGGUGAGAAGCCUUACAAAUGCUCAUGGGAAGGGUGUGAGUGGCGUUUUGCACGAAGCGAUGAACUCACAAGGCACUACAGGAAACACACAGGUGCAAAGCCCUUUAAAUGCAACCACUGCGACAGGUGUUUUUCCAGGUCUGACCACCUUGCCCUCCAUAUGAAGAGACAUAUCUAAAAUCCCUAAAGCCAGAGUUGUCAUGGCAUCAGCUGUUGUGUGAAGGAAAUGCCGUGAGGCAGGGGGCUGGACUUCAGGCGGGACCCCAUUGCCUCACAGAAGAAAGUUCUCACUUAUAAACCUCUGUAUACACACACAUACACACACACACUCACACAAAGACACACCACAUUCACACUGUCAUGCACUCAACUAUAUUUAAGAUAUAUACGUCUAUUCUUUAUGCCUUGCCCUAGCCAGAUGGUAAAAGACGAAGAAAAGGCGACCAGGUGAACUCAGCAAGGCAAACUGGCUGCUUACUUCAGCACCAUUGGAAUUAUUUCCUGCUGUUGCAAAUGGAAAUCAAAGAAAAUGGAUGUGACGUCUCUGCAGGUGGACAGCAGUAAGAGGGGCUUAUUUAAC